GUACAGCAUCCAUUACAAUGACUGCUGCUGCUGUUGUCAUUAUUGUAACAGUUUUAACUUCUUCUGCUGCUGUUGAUACAGCCUACACUUCUUCACGUUGUCUCAGGAUGGCCGUGACGGAUUUCCCGCCGUUUCUGAAGGUACAGCGCACACCAGGUGGGCUGCGGGUAUCUGGCUCAUUCACCCACAUCAAUAACAUUAUCGCAUCUUUCCUCAACACCUGCGUAGAAUAUGUGAUGCCUGAAGAUCAACGCUUUGGAAAUCUCGAAAACGACACUUGGACGGGCAUCAUUGGUCUACUCACACGCCAGGAGGUGGACAUAUCGGGGAUAUUUAUGUUCCUGGACGUGCGGAGGCAACAUGUGGUGGACGGGAGUGUUUGGAUCUACAUGGACGAGAAGAUUCUAGCCUACAAGCGACCCGAACCUAAGGCUGACCUAGGAGGCUUUGUUAAACCUUACACCGUCCUGGUAUGGUGUAUGAUCUUAUUGGCGCUGGUGGUGGUGUUCGUGGCAAUGGUGUUGACUCAACUAACCCAGGCUCGACUCCAACGCCGUCUUCAAGAGAUUAGUCUGUUGGGGAUCACUAAGGAACAGGGAACGAAAGGAUCAAGAGAGAGAAAGAAGGCGGGGGAAAGACAAGACGAGGCAGGACGAGUGGGAGAACUUGUUGACGACCGUGUGUGGACCUCCUGGCAGUGGUCAAUGGCAACACCCCUGGCUCAGUCGUCGCCAUGGAAUCCAAGGGGCAUGAGCAUACGGGUGGUGGCGGGUAUAUGGUUAUUGACAGCACUGGUGAUAAGCUCAAUCUAUCGGUCUAACCUGAAGGCCAUGUUGAUUUUGCCUAAGGUGAGCCCUCCCUUCACCAGCCUUGAGGAGCUCCUCAAAACCUCCAUCCCCUGCUACGUCCUCCAGGGCACAGUGCUGCAUGGAGAAAUUCUCACGGCGGAGCCCGGGAGUCAUCUGUACAAACUCAGGAAACAGAUGAUAUCUCACGUGGACGUCCCUAGAGCAGUGAAAGAUCUUCUUCAAGGAAAACACGCAGCCCUUAUCCCUCUCACCUCUCACUUGAACAUUCAGCACAACAACUUCUUACGGACAAGAACCUGUUCUAUAUACAUGAAACCUGCGGAUCUCAGCAGCUUCCCUCACCGGUAUCUCUUCCCCAAAGGUUCGCCUCUCGUACACAAGCUCAACCCCCUAUUAACGAGGCUGAAAGAGUCGGGUGUUCUGGACUACCUGUACUUCAGUGAUAUCUACCACGGCAUAAAAUGUCUUAAGACCACCACCACCACCACACUGCUCAGACCUCUCGAACUGGGUGACUUCUAUGGCGUGUUCUCUCUGUAUGGUGGAGGAAUGUUGAUUGCUGGUUUGACAUUCAUUCUGGAGCUGAUCGUAGGUGUUCACAGACACAAUGAGUAAGCUGUCGUGCUGGUACACUCAAGAUUCAGCACUGGCACUUCCUCUCCGUAUUAGUGCAUGUAGAAUUCAGCCGCCACAUUGAUGCACUGAACUUUAGAGGACACAUUGGCGCCCCAAGAUGAACUCUUCUAAUGAAUACUGCAUUGUCAGCCCCGGGUCUACCACAGUACCUGAAACCUUUCCAAUUUCCUGUUAAUCCGUCCACCUGCAGGCCCAACUAGGGCUGUAAUGUCCAUCCUCUUCGUUUUCUAAUUAUUGUAAUGGUGUAUAACCUGGCGCUGUGCCGUCUCCUCCACUAUGUCUUCUGAUUGGUUGGUGUAUUGUUGACUAACGUUAUAACAGUACAUUCCUUAUAUGAACUAAUUUAAGACAAUAAAAUAGCACCAGCAUUAGUGCAGAUUUUACUAAUAAGCUCUAGUUAU